AUGAUGGAUUCAUCGAACUCUUCAUCAAUCAUAUUUUCUUGUUUUAUUGGUAUUGGUCUUAGUUUGAUUGCUUUAAUAACUGCAUUUGGAAAUAUUAUUGUACUUCUUGCAUUUUAUUGUGACAAAAAAUUACGUACAGUUAAUGAUUAUUUUAUAUUAAAUAUGGCUAUUGCUGAUUUUCUUGUUGGAUUUUUCUGUAUUCCAUUUUAUAUUCCAUUUAGUUUAACACGAUUUUGGCCAUUUGGAGAACUAUUUUGUAAAAUUUGGGUCACAAUUGAUGAUGUUGCAACAAUGGCAAGUGUUAUUAAUAUUGUAGCAAUAAGUAUUAACCGAUAUUGGUCAAUUGCUUAUCCAUUAACAUAUAGAAAAUAUAUCAACCAAAAUUUAGUUUAUCUAGUUAUGAUUGGUGUCUGGUGUCUUUCUUUUAUCAACUUUGCUCCGGGCAUAUGGUUAAUGAGUUUAUUUGAUAAAGGAAUAAAUGUAACAAAUAUAACUCGUAGUGAUUGUGAAGGUGAUUAUAAUAAUUCAUUUGUCUAUAUGUUAAUAGCUCAAUUUAAUUAUUUUAUUUGGCCAUUUAUUUUUCUAUGUGUUUUUAAUAUAUUAAUUAUGUUAAAUAUAUGGAAACGAAGUCGAAAAAUGAGUCGUCUUAUAGCAUGUAAUCAAUAUACAAAAGGAAAAGAUAAAAAUAUUGGUUCAUCUUUAUUAGGAACAAGUAAUUUAGAAGAUGAUCAACAUUUAUCAACAUUAUCUAAAUACCACAUACAUUCUUCUGAACGUUAUUCAUCAAUGAUAUUUAAAGACAAUGAAAAUAUUGUUCCAACAUCAUCAUCAAAUAAAAGUUUUCAAUAUUUAUGUACUCAAUCAAAUAAUAAAUCAUCAAAUAUUUCUCAACAUUCAGUUACAACUACUCGAGAAAAAUCUUCAAAUUUAAUCGAUUCUUCAAGAAAUCGUUCUGUAUAUAUAAAUGAAUUGACUGACAAUGGUCUAUCAUCACCAAUCAUAGAAUCAAAUCGAAAAUCUAUUAAUGUAAAUUUUUCUUCAUCACGUCAUUGUCGUAAUGAUUCAUAUAUUGAAUAUCAAAUUGAAAAUGAAGUUAAUAUAUCAAGAUCAAAUUUAACGGAUAUUAGUUCAUCAAAUCGUUCACAACCGAAAUCUCGUGAUUAUUGUCCUAAACGAUCAAGAAUUGCUCGUGAUAGAAAAGCUGCACGAUCAUUAUUUGUUCUUGUUAUUGUUUUUCUUAUAUUUCUAUUUCCAUAUGUUAUUUGUGCAACAGCAUCAACAGCUGGUUUAAAUAUUUCGAAAAAUAUAUCUGAAAUAUCAUUUUGGCUUUUAUGGAUGAAUUCAACAUUUAAUCCACUUCUUUAUCCAUUUAUACAAAUUAAAUAUCGACGAGCUUAUAUACAAUUAUAUCAAUCUUGUUUACAAUGUUUUUCUUCGUCAAGAUCAAAUCGUUCGUUAUAA